AUGAGCGCCGCAGAUAACAAUGAGAAGUCGAGCGUGCAAGGCAUCUAUAGCAAAGGCAUUUACCGCGGCCUACCGGACCUGUCUUCAGCAUCCAAAGGAUUGACUGCAACUGUCACUGGUGCAAAUGGAAUCUCAGGAGCGCAUAUGGUCCGAGUGCUCGCAGAGAACAGCGAAAGAUGGAGCAAGAUCUACGCCCUUUCGCGACGACCACCAUCGGGAAAGUGGCCAGACACCGUAGAGCAUGUGCCCGUGGACUUCUUAACGACUCCCCAGGAAAUUGCGGAUAUUCUCAAGUCGAGGGGUAUCAAGCCGGACUACGUCUUUUUCUUCUCUUACGUCCUGAUUGUCGAUGACGAUGGUGCGCUUCAAUGGGGCGAUCAAAGGCUGCUAAUUCGACCGACAGAUGAAUUGAUGAGUAACUUCCUCGAAGCCCUGCCGCUCGCCAACGCCCUACCGAAGCGAGUAUUCGCACAGUUCGGGCAGAAAUGGUACGGCGUCCAUCUGGGCGCCACAGACAUUCCAGACGAGGAAAGCGAUGAUCGUCUCACCCUCGAGCCGAAUCUGUACUAUACACAGCAUGACAUUCUCGAGUCCUUCUGCUCAAAACACGGCAUCGGAUGGAAUACCGCACUGCCUUCUUUCGUCAUCGGAGCGGCUAUCGACUCGUCCCAGUCCCUGCUAUUCCCCAUCCUGGCAUAUGCGUGCGUGCAGAAGUACCUGGGGCGGGAACUCGAAUAUCCCAGCGACCUUGAUGCUUGGUAUGCACCACAGUCUCUAUCGAAUGCGGUGCUGAAUUCCUACUUGUACGAAUGGUCGGUCCUGGCACCCAACACCGCAAACCAGGCGUUCAACGCCUCGGACGAUUGUCAAUUCACCUGGGGCAAAAUGUGGCCCAGGCUGGCGAGUUAUUUCGAUAUGGAUUACAUUGGUCCGGACGAUGGCAGCGCAGCAAAAUUUCAAGAGCAAGGGAUGAAGUGUGACCCACCACCUCAUGGUAGAGGGAGGAGGUCGAUGAUGAGGUUCAAGUUCUCGUUUGUGGAAUGGGCGAAAUCGUCGGAGAAUGUUCAAGCGUGGAAGGAGUUGAGUGAGAAGCAUGGAUUGAGAGAUGCAGAGUGGAAGGAUGUUGGUUCCAUCUUUGGAAGGGCCAAUUUCUGCUUACAUCGGCCAUACGCGAGCGUGAUGAGCGCCACGAAAGCGAAGAAGUUUGGCUUCUUCGGCUUCGUCGAUUCUUACGAGUCCAUCUUCUCGGUGAUCGAAGAGUUUGUGGCUUUGAAGAUUGUGCCAGAUCCCAACAGCAUCAAACCGAGAUAG